AUGCCGGGCAGGAAGUCGACUUUCUUCCUUGUGCUAGCUACCAGCUUAACCUUUUUCUUGGUGGUCUCUUGGACGCUCUCGGGCCCACGCAGCGACGCCACUUUUCAAAAGCACGCCGAUUCCAGCACCGCUCACCAAAACGACACAAUUUCCUCCGCGCAUCUCAAGCCACAUUCUAACCCGACUCCCAGCCCUGUCAAGACACCCUACGCGAUCGGCACCUUUGUCGGCACAGAUACAUAUGGGACGGAAGAUGCCGGCGACGAUGAGGACCGAUAUUAUGUAGGGGCCCGGACGCUGGUUUAUCAGUUGCUCCAUGCCCCCAGCACGAAGCUCACUAGCCCGGUGUCUAUUGUGAUUCUCGUCACCAAGGGAGUGCGAGAAAGCAAACGCAAGCGCCUCCGGGAUGACGGGGCGACGGUGAUUGAGGUCGAGGAUGUGCCACACAACAUAACGGUUGGCCAACCGCGCUGGGCUGAAACGUUCGCCAAAGUCCGCUUAUUUGAUCCCAAAAUCAUGCCCUACCGCAAAGUUCUCCUGAUGGACACAGACAUGGUCAUCACACGUCCAAUCGAUGCCAUCUUCGAAGAUCCGAGCUCGGAACCUAUGAACUCUCGAAAGAAUCAGACUAACCGGGCUGAUUUGCCGCUGGCUACACUCCCUGAAAAGUUUGCGAUAGCCGCAGCUCCCGAAUCUCUUGAUCGCGACCAUCCCUAUCCCUUUGUGGACCACGAUCACACCAAGGGCUACUUCAAUAGUGGACUUGUUCUGUACACACCAUCCACCGAGCUUUUCCAGCACUAUCUGGAGAUCAUCGCCCGACCGGACCUGUUCUAUAAUGGAUUCCCUGAUCAAGAUUUGCUCAACUAUGCCCAUCGCUGGCAGGGGCCGAUGCCCUGGAGGAGGCUGCACUUUUCAUGGUAUCUCAAUUGGCCUAACCAAGAUGACAUCGAUGGUGGCAUGGCUAUCAUCCACUCCAAAUUUUGGGAGCCAGAUCUGCCCUUUGGGCCGGGAGAGAGGCUUGCUCUUUCGCGAAGAUGGGAGAUGCAAGGAUACUGGAUGGGCAAGGGGGGAUCUCGGCUGUUUAAUGAUCUUGUAAAGCUUGUUCUUCUUCUUGUAUAUACCCCGUCACUUUUGAUGUUUCUUAUGGUAAUUCCACAAGUUCCAUAUGCUUAUUCUGUAUGA